GUAAUACCGCCAGCAAUCGCCUAGCGAACAGCCAGCGGUGAACACAUAGCAGCCACACGAGCUCAUUAGCUGAUAAAAGCACUGAAAUACAAACAACGCAGUUUGUGUAAACAAUCAAAUUGUCGCAGCCAUAUCGAGUGUGCUUACACGUCCAGCGGAAAGUUUUCGAAACCAAUCCAAUCAAUCAGCUAAGAUGUCCGCUUCACCCACCGCCCGUCAAGCCAUCACCCAGGCCCUGCCCAUGAUCACCAGGAAGGUCGUCAUCUCGGAUCCGAUCCAGAUGCCCGAGGUCUACUCCUCGACGCCCGGCGGAACCCUCUACUCUACCACUCCUGGCGGCACCAAACUGAUCUAUGAGCGGGCCUUCAUGAAGAAUCUCCGUGGCUCCCCAUUGAGCCAAACUCCGCCGUCCAACGUGCCCAGUUGCUUGCUGAGGGGCACUCCGCGUACUCCCUUCCGCAAGUGCGUGCCCGUUCCAACGGAACUGGUCAAGCAGACCAAGUCGCUGAAGAUCGAGGACCAGGAACAGUUCCAACUGGAUCUGUAGGGGGCGUGGCGUGGACACCGCCAUGCAGCAACUGCCAAAACCAACUAGUUCUUAGAUGCACCCACUAAACCCGAUCUUAUAAGCUUAGUGUACCCAUUAACUAGAUGCUAAGUCCUUAGUUCUUCCACCUUGUUUGUUCUCUCGGUCAUAUUGACCCCGUACCUUGUAAAAUCGUAGAUCUUAAGUAAAAUGCAAUAAAAAAAACACACAUUAUUUAAA